AGCAGCUGUGCUUGAGGCAAGCUUUCCCUGGCCUAAGACUUUUGGGGAGCCAAGAAAGACACUCUGGACUCCACUAUGGACAGCCUCCUGAUGAAGCAGAGGAAGUUUCUUUACCAUUUCAAAAACGUCCGUUGGGCUAAGGGUCGCCACGAGACCUACUUGUGCUAUGUGGUGAAGCGGCGAGACAGUGCCACCUCCUUUUCAUUGGACUUUGGUCACCUUCGAAAUAAGUCGGGUUGCCACGUGGAAUUGCUCUUCCUGCGCUACAUCUCCGACUGGGACCUGGACCCCGGCCGUUGCUACCGGGUCACCUGGUUCACCUCGUGGAGUCCCUGCUACGACUGCGCCCGGCACGUGGCUGACUUUCUGAGAGGGAACCCCAACCUCAGUCUGAGAAUCUUCACCGCGCGCCUCUACUUCUGCGAGGACCGCAAGGCUGAGCCCGAGGGUCUGCGGCGGCUGCACCGCGCAGGCGUUCAAAUCGCCAUCAUGACCUUCAAAGAUUAUUUUUAUUGCUGGAAUACUUUCGUGGAAAAUCGUGAAAAAACUUUCAGAGCCUGGGAGGGGCUGCAUGAAAACUCAGUUCGUCUAUCCAGACAGCUCCGACGCAUCCUUUUGCCCCUAUAUGAAGUGGAUGAUUUACGAGAUGCAUUUCAUACUUUGGGACUUUGAUACCAACCUCCAAGAAUGUCACAUACAAUGAAAUAUCUCUGAAGAUAGUGUGUAAAAGAACCAUCCUUCAAGAAUUCUGUUUUUCUUCAACUCUCAAUAUCUUAGAGUUUGGAGAAAUAAUAUUCAUAUUUAUAUGACUUUUAAAAUGUAUCUCAAAAAUGGAGAAGGAAUACAGGCCCAGGAGAUAAAUGCUGCAGCUAGUGCACUUUUUAAUGCAACGGCGCCCCCUAUUGGGGGAUGACAGAACUGCAGAGUCUGGGAGCGCCUAAAGUGUUAACGUUCUUCUACAACUGUUUAGGCAGGGAAGUGGAAGAUAAAUCCUUACGAGCAUGGUGAAAGGAUAAAGUGUUUUCGUAGUCAUCAAAUGUUUUUUAUUUGAUUCAUUCUGAGUUUUCAAUAGCAGUGAUAGAUUUUUACACUCCUUUCCUUUAAGGUUCACUUUCAAAUGAACCAGAAGUGAACAAAUUUCCAUCAGGUCAUGUGUAGAAUCUCUUAAUGAGAAACUCAGGGUGCUCGUAACUGGGAGACAUCUCUUCAAAGCAUUGGUAUCCAAGCAUGUGCUGUAUGUUUUAAUUAUUUGAGACAUGUUUUUAUGUUUGUACAUAAGAGGAUUGGGGGGGAGGUAUGGAAUGUGCCUUGUCGCCUUCAGACUAUUUGAUAAUAAAGGGCCUUACAAUGAAGAUGAGGACUGUGAAAAUGAUGCCCAAAAUGCAUGGAUGCUUCUAGUGACAAAUCUGGAAAACACAUCUUUUUAAAGUAGUCCAUAGUUUAGAAAACAUACCCAAAACUUCACACGUGAUAGUUAAUGAAUGCUUGGAAGGGAGUGGCUUGAAUAUUGAGAAAAGAAAAAUCUAUUUUUUGCAAUGGGUCCUUUAACCUCAGCAAUGUCAACCAAACCAUGGUUUUCUAUUUUUUUUGUACAUAUGUGAUGUCUCUCUCAAAGAAAUGUUCACUAUAUGAGAGAAUGUAACAGAACAGAAUAGUGUUUGGGAGGACAGAGAACAUUAAAUGCACAACUGUAUUGUUUUAUUCUUGUUAUACAUAAGUUUGUGAAAGAGUUAAAUAUUAAAAAUCCUUAUUUCAUGUAUCCAUUCAUAUUUUAUAUUAUACUAUAUAGUAUCUAAUAUUUUAGUUAUAAUUUUCUUUUCAGAUAUACUGAAAUGGAUUCUUUAAUGUCUCAUCGAUUUAUGCUUUUAGAAAUAAUUCUAAUAACAAAGUACAUAAUUGUAACAUAGUGUAACAUGUCAUAAUAUUGCUAUAAAACCAUUCUUUUGAUUUUUAGUAAAUUUUUCCUACAGCAUUUUGAUUCUGGCUCAUUUCAAUCAACUGAAUAAAUGAUAAGUAAUUUUGGAAGUUUUAGAGAUAAAAUGCUGAAUAAAAUAAUUCUAAAAAUGAUUUCUUUAUAAAGUUAAGUUAAAAAGUCAGUGUGAUGAAAUAGACUUGAGAGUCCAUAAAUUAUCCCAUUCAUCUGUGUUCAACUGACUUCUGACCAGGGUGCCAGGACCAUUU